AUGACAAGUUUGCAACAUCUAAUUUUUGACUAUAAAUGAGGCACCAAAAUUGUGAAAAUUUAGUUAUUGUUCAAGUGAUUUGACUAUAAACAUGUCUAAGCAAUUGAUGGUUUGUUUGGUUCUGGUUGCGGUUUUGGGAGACCAAUUCAUGCAAAGUGAAGGUGCACCAGAACGGCCAGCUCUUCAUACCAAUGCUGCGUAUGGUCACUUGGAUGUCGUUGAAGUUCUCAUCAAGAAAGGAGCCAAAGUUGAUUUAGAAGAUGACGAUAAUCGGACACCUCUUCAUCAUGCUGCUACGAAUAAUCACAUGAAGGUUGUCGAAUUUCUCAUCAAGAAAAAAGCUAAAGUUGAUCCUUUAGACUGUAUUAAGCGGACACCUCUUCAUUAUGCUGCCAUGAAGGGUCACUUGGAUGUCGUUAAAUUUCUCAUCACGAAUGGAGCUAAUCUUGAUUUAGGAGACCUCAAUGAUCAGACACCUCUUCAUCAUGCUGCUACGAAUAAUCACAUGGAGGUUGUCGAAUUUCUCAUCAGGAAAGGAGCUAAAGUUGAUCCUAUAGACAAACAAAAGCGGACACCUCUUCAUCAUGCUGCCAUGAAGGGUCUCGAGGAUGUCGCUAAAAAAAUUAUCACGAUGGCUCCUUUUUAUCAAGUUGAUCCUAUAGACUGUAUUAAGCGGACACCUCUUCAUUAUGCUGCCAUGAAGGGUCUCAAGGAUGUCGCUGAAAUAAUCAUCACAAAAGGAGUUAAUCUUGAUUCAAGAGACUCCCAUGAUCGGACACCUCUUCAUCAUGCUGCUAUGAAUGAUCACAUGGAGGUUGUCAAAUUGCUCAUCGCAAAUAAAGCUGAAGUUGAUCCUAGAGACGGUUAUAAGCGGACACCUCUUCAUUAUGCUACUGAGAAUGGCAACUCACAGAUCGUUCAAAUCCUUGUCGAAAAUGGAGCACUUCUUACAUUUAAAGAUAAUCAAAAUCAGACACCUUAUCAAAUUGCUUCAAAAAAUAACAAGAAGGAGUUGGCUGCCUAUCUUGAGUUGGCUGUCUAUCUUAAGGAAGGAAAAAAAAGCCAAAAAUGAAAUCAAUUGAAAAAUCACAUUUUUUCCUUUGAGUUCCGUAUUCGAUUGUCAUGUAGAAUAUUAACCCGCAGGCGAGCAAGCUAAAUCACUUAAGACCGAAGUGGACCCAUAAUUUUAUGGCUAUAAAAUUGAAAAAAAAAAUGCAAUAUAUUUUCAAAGAAGAGACUGUGAUGGAAGCUAGAAAGAUGCAUCUCUCAAACGUGCCAUAUGCCGAUAAAAUUGAAUGAAACCCAACAGAGAUAUAAUACUCUGAUUUUUUUGUCUAAAUUUUGUGGUGUUCAAGUAGUACAAUUUGACAUAUUAAGAGCUGAAUUUUUAGUACAUAUACACCUCCAUAGCUCCACUGAUACUGAACUAAUUUUGUUAAAGCAUGCCACAUUUAAAAGAUGCAUCUUUCCACUUCCCCACUAUAUACUACUUUUUAUGAUACAUUGCUUUUUACACCGAAAAUAUUAUCAAUUCUGGUAGAGAAAUGGCUAUUUUUUUGCGGCUUUUGACAUUUGACAAAAAUUCAAAUGAAUACAUGUCUCUGUAACUUUUCUAAGGUUCAUCCAAUUUCAUUGGUAUAUUGCGCAUUGAAAUGGUUUUCGGAAUAAUACUACUUUGGUUGAUAUAUUAUGUAUUCCCAAUUUUACAACCAUAAAGCAAUGGGCCCAUUUUGGUCCAAUUUGCCCGCUUGUGUCCAGAAAAUAUAUUUAGCUCCACGGAGCACCAUCUAAUGAUCGAUGUUCAGUUUUUUUUGGCUGUAAUACAUGGAAAGGAUCAAAGAGUACAAUGCAGUACCUUUUCCGCACAAUAAUCUGGUUUUUAUAUAUUUAUUUAUUGAAAAACCAUCCUCUCGGACCACAA